AUGAAUAAGAAAAUAAUUGGACAUUAUGAAAUAAUGAUAGUCUCUAUGUAUUUUAAUGAUAUUAAUGAUUUUAUUAAUUUAGAAUUGGCUGUAAAAAGGUUUAAAGGAAAUAUGGAAAGAUUUCAUUUUAAUCCAAUUUCAUUAACAACAAAAACCCUGAAAUAUUUCCCUUCAUUAGAAACUUUACAUUUAUAUAAUAGAAAUGAUAAAGAAUUACAUAAUAAACAAAUAAUUAAAUAUAUAAUAUGGUAUAAAGUAUCAUAUACAUAUUAUAUGAAACAUAAAUCUAAUACUUUAAAGGAAUUUAAAAAUAUAACAUUUAACGAAGAUGACGUCACUAAUUUUGGAUAUGAAAUUCCAAAACAAAUAAAAAUUGUUAAGAAAAAUUGUUUUAUAAAUAAUCAUUCAUUCAAAGAAAUAACUAUUCCACCAUCUGUUCUUUCUAUUCACCGUUCUUGUUUAUGGGUUUGUAAACAAUUACGAUCAUUAAAAAUAUCACAACAAGAUUACGUCAUAUUCUCUAAUCAUCUUUUCUUUAAUUUUUAUAAUCUUUGUUCAUUGGAAUUACCUAAUUCUAUAGUAAAAAUAAAUAAUAAAAAAAUUCCAUCAAUACAAAAUAAUCAAAUAUUUAAUAUUCCAACAACUGUUACUUCAUUAAAUGACUAUUGUUUUUCUGAAUGUUCAUCAUUAUUAUCAAUUCAAAUUCCUUCUUCAGUUAUACUUAUUGGAAAUUGUGCAUUUAAAAAAUGUUAUUUUCUUCAAGUAAUUCAACUCCCAAUUGACAUACUUACAUUACCAAAAUCUUGUUUUGCAUUAUGUACUUCUCUUCAAACAAUUAUACUCCCAAAUUCUUUAAAAUGUUUAAGAAAUAAAUGUUUUGUUAAUUGUUAUUCUCUCCAUUCAAUUACUAUUCCAAACUCAGUUAGUCAAAUUGGGUCACAUUGUUUUGAAGGUUGUAGGUCAUUAUCAUCAGUAAUACUAUCAACUUCUUUAUCUUCAAUUAGUUCUAAUUGCUUUAAUUUUUGUUCAUCUCUUCGUUCUAUAACAUUACACUCCUCAAUACUUUCAAUAGAAACAUAUUCUUUUAAAAAUUGUUAUUCUCUAACAACAGUUCAAAUUAAUUCACCAUUAUGUUCAAUAGAUCCAACAUCAUUUGAAGGAUGUAUUAAUUUACAUGAAAUUUAA